AGAAAACUGACAAUGAAGAUACUGUUAUGACAGACGCUAAUGAAUCUUCAAGCCAAAUUGCAGAAAACUUUAACCAAAAUACCAACACACUUUUAAAGAACCAAACAAAGAGAAAAUAUCUAAAAAUAACAACAGCAAUCAACCAACAA